AGACCUACUGCACUCUCAAUACAUCACACUAGUUCGCUUUGAACCCCAGUGACACAUCGCUAGCAACAUGAGAACCUUCGUAGCGUGCAUAGCCCUGGCGUUGGUGGCGUGCGUAGGCGCCGAGCCCCCCUCCGGCUACAGUUACAACCGGCCGUCCGGCGGACACGGCGGCGGCGGCUUCAGCGGCGGCCUGAGCGGCGGCGGCCCACUGCAGCCUGUGCCCGCAGGUUACCAGACCUCCGAAGGCCAGCACGUCGACGCCCAACUGCUGGAGCAGGUGCGCCAGAUCCUCCUUAAGGAGGAGGCGUCCUCCGGCUCCGGCUUCGGCGGCGGCCACAGCGCGCCCUCUUCUUCUUACGGCGCUCCCUCCUCCUCCUACGGCGUGCCCUCUUCCUCCUACGGCGUGCCCGGCUACAGUGGUCGCGUCGUCGACAUCAAUCUAGAGGGUGUCCGCCAGGCCAUCCAAGUCGCGCAGUACGAGCAGUCUGGAGGCUCCAGCGGCGGCUACCCCUCCUCCUCCUACAGCGCCCCCUCGGGAAGCUACGGCGCCCCCUACUAAGCGGGAAAGAUCACCCCCUUCGUAAUUCGGACGCAACACCAUCUCUCGUCCGAAUAGUUAAACGUUUACCGAUGGACCGUCGGCCACGUACAAUGUAGGUGGCCGCGGUUUCUGCCAGCUCGGCCAACGCCUGCGACUGUGCGCGCUCACGGGUCUGCGGCCGGCGGGGGGACAGUCGCUCCAAUUCUCAUGCGAAGUGUCCCACCGCCGGCCUUCACUCCUUGUUUUGUAAAAAGUUUAUUGUUAAUG